AUGGGCAACAACAGAUCCAAAAUUCCGAAAAAAGAAUUAGACGAUUAUCGAACAUUAACAUUCUUAACCGAACAAGAAAUUCUCAAAGUCUAUGAAAGAUUUUGUCAACUGGUCGCCAUUAAUCAUCAAAAUACGGAUAUAUCGCAAUGCCGUUUAUCGAAGAAACAAGCUGUUAAUAUCAAUGAACUUUACCAAAAUCCAUUUCGGGAACGAAUUGUCGAAGUAUUUUCUUCUGAACGCGAUGGUUCGAUAACAUUCGAAGACUUUUUGGAUAUGAUGAGUGUCUUUUCGGCGAAAGCACCGAAGUCGGUGAAAGUUUCCUAUGCAUUCAAAAUCUAUCAAGGAAUUUAUAAAGGCCCACGACCAGAUGGAGAAUCUGCAACACCCGAUGCUAUUGAUCUGUAUGAUAUUAAAGAAAUCGUUCGUCGUUUGUCGGGAGAGAAAUUCAGUGACGAAGACUUGACAAGGAUCGCCGAAGCCGUUAUCAGCGAAGUUGAUUUGCGUGAUGAAAAGAAGAUAACUGUUGAAAUUUUCGAAUACUUUCUCUCCAAUGUACCCGAUUUUGCGUCCUCGUUUGUCAUUCCCCUGAGUGACGGAAAAGAAGAUCGACAUGUGACGGCAACAACAUCUGUUCUAUCGGAUCCAGUGGAACCUCGAACGAAACAUCGAAGUCGACCUAAACAAUAA